AUGCAUAAACGUGGUAUGUAUAGCGCUGGUGAUGAAGAUAUCGAUCUUGUUCCACUGGAGGAGUUUUAUGCCCAUGCUCCUGAAGGAGUUUCUCGCCCGGAAGUGACCAGAACGAAUGAACACGAACAGCGAUUAGCAAGGUUGACGUGGGAGAUCGCACAACGAAAAGCAUUGGUCGAUACAUUAACAGAACAAGAAGGACGUCGGAAUGUUCUCAUCAGCAGCAUUAAUGGGAAGGAGCAACGAUUGAAAAAUACAAGCUUACACGUAGUCAUUCGUGGAGAUGCCAGUGAGGCUUUGCGACUGAAUCGACAACAGAAGGAGGAGACCGAAGAGAAGGAAAGGAGCGACGAUGAAGAAACCAGCGACAAUGAUGAGCGACACAGUGUGGUGUCAGAUCGAUUGGAGUUGAACAAGAAAGCAGUGACUCAGCCACAUCCUAUUUAUCUCAAGAUCGAUAUAGGAUGUCAUGAUGAUGUGAAGGUUGCCCUGAAACUGUUCUAUUUGCCAGAGCUGCGGGUGACGUGUAUGAAGUAUAAGGUUACUGGCAAAUUGCCGACACAUGGGAUUGGUGUGGAUUCCUUUGCCAGUAAGUAUGGCCGGCCGUAUCGGUUCGUGCAAGCCUUAACAGGAUCGGCUUCAUUACCUGGCGGAGAUUCGACCUCAAAAAAUUCGGGCGCACAACCACUGGCACUUACAAAACUGGCUAAAUGUACUGGCAUUGAUUUGAGAAGGCUAUUCGUAGUCGAGUGGGAGCGCGAGUAA